CCCCUGCUUCCAUCAACUUUUCUACCAAUCAAUCAUCGAAUGUGAAAAUUUUGAUGCCGUUUAAGCCUGGCUUAUUACGUAUCCGUCUCUCCCAUGCGAUCAGUGCAGCGCCAUGGAUCUGGUGGACAUUGAUCAGGUCUUGGAUAACCUGGAAUUACGCAUUGCCGCCGACGAGCAGGAGAGCAGGAAUGCAGCGGCAGCAGCAGCAGCGGCAGCAGCAUCAGCUGCAGCAGCGGCGUCAGUGGCAGCUGCAACGGUAGAAUCUACGCCCACGCGUCCACUGGGAGACGGAGCCAGUGCCUCCAAUGGGGGAGGAGUAGCUGCAGGAGGAUUCGCAGCAGCAGGAACUGCUUCAGCAGUAGGUGCACCGCCCACCAAAAGCUUUGUGGGCGUCUCUCAGGUGUUCAAUAGCCUGGACGACUAUCGCAACAAUGUGAAAUCCCUGGAGGUGGACAACCAGCUCCCCAGCUAUGACUGGCAGGCGGAGCACUCGCGCGAUGUGGAUGACAGCUUCGAUGACAUCAACAAGUUCAGCGAGGGGCAGGAGAAACGUCCGAAUGAGGCCAUAGUCUCUUCCUCCGAAUCGCUAACUACCUCCUCCUGCUCCACGUUCUCAUCGGGACCAUCGCCAGUCAGCAACGACUCCGAGGAGAUGGAGCCCAGUGCCCUGGAGGUGGUGGUGGCAGCGACACAGGCAGGGGCCAUGCCGCAACCUGAUGAGCCCAAAGUGGUGGUCGAGGACCUGGCCGUGGGUCUCUCCUCCAUUUCCAUCAGCAACAGCACGACCCCUGGGACACAGUCGCUGAUGCCUGGCGAGGUGACGGCCUCCUCGAUGCUCGGAAAGGUGCUCAACGAGUUGUCGGAGGAUCUGACCAGCACAGACCAGGAGACGGAGGUCACCAAUGGUCUGGAGGAGCUGCCGCGCGCAGAAUCCUUUCUCUCUGAAGCCCCUGCUUCUCCAAAAGAGCCAAAACCAAAGGAUCAGGGGCCACGACGCCAUCAGCCCGUGAAAUUUUGCUCAACGAUGGACGACAUCUCCGACACGGAGCUAGACAGCAUGCUCCAGGAGAUUGAUGUAGAUGAAAACCAGGAGGGUCAAGUGGAGGAGCAGCAGCUGCAGCAGCAGGUUGAGAUCCUUGAAGAAGAGGUAUCCGCAUCCGCCUCGGCGUCUGUUUCGCCCGUUACCGAAGAGGAGUCUGUGCGCAUUCUCUCCGACCAGGAGACCACCUCUAACGAUCAACUGAACGUGGACAACUUCUCGCAGGCCUCCACCGUUGAAUUUGCGGAGCUGAAGCCCCACGAGGCUCCGGCCCCGGUGACGGCCAUUGGCGAGGACAUUGCCUCCUUUAGCAGCACGGAGUCGGAUUCGCUUUCGGGCAGAAAGCUGGAUGAAGAAGGGCCGGAGAAUGACGAAAAGAUGGAGGAGAAUGGCGAGCAGCAACAGGUCGAGGGUGCCAGUGUGGCUGCGAAUGCCCUGGAGGCCCUGGAACAGCGUCCCCAGAGACCGCAGACCCUGGAUCUGGGCCAACAGGUAAACGCCAAUGCCGGACAGACGCCGCCAGAGCCCUCCGAGGAGGUGCCCACUGCAGAUGGAUCCCAGGAGGACCAGCAGCUGUCACAGGCGGAUGCCGCCUCGGGACCAGCCGAAGACGACGAGAGCCCCAUCUACGAGGCCGUGGGGUACAGCGAUCCGCAUGCGAAUCUGGGCAAGGUGCCGCCCAUCUGGGUGCCGGACAACAUGGCCGGGCAGUGCAUGCAGUGCCACCAGAAGUUCACGAUGAUCAAGCGGCGCCACCACUGCCGCGCAUGCGGCAAGGUGCUCUGCUCUGUCUGCUGUUCGCAGAAGUUUCGCCUGGAGUUUGCCAACGAGCCGGAGUCGCGUGUCUGCGUCCAGUGCUUCAUGAUCCUCACGGAACGGGAGGCUUCUGGCGACGCCUAUCCGGACAAUGCCUCCGCUCCGAACACGGUCCUGCCGCCCACGCCCAUGCGUUCGCCCAAUCCGAACAAUCCCAUGGAGUACUGCUCGACGAUUCCGCCGCACCACCAGGUGGCCGCCAGCCCGGGCGUACCGCCGCCCAGCGUGAUUGUGCCCGUGGGCGUGCUCAAGAAGACCGACGGCAGCUCCAAUUCGAACUCCUCCUCCUCGGACAGCAAGAAGGGGCGCAAGCGCAAGAGCGUCAUGUUCAGCGACGGCAUCGCCCCAGGAAGCGAGCUGGCCAGCACCAUGGAGCAGCAGUGGGGCGAGGCCAAGCAGGCACGUCGCGGCGUGCCCCGGAGCAAUGGCGGCGGCCAGAAGCCACCCACUCCGGCGACGGAGGAACCCAGAUCCAGUAUUGAGAGCGCCACCAGUGCCACCAUGGGACUGGUGGCCCAACUCUUCCGCGGCUCCAUUCCACCAAGCGCGGCUGCGGCCACGCUGACGGCGGCCGAAUCAAGCGCCGCUCGUCCCACGGCCCAGACCUCGCCGCGCCGCAAGGUAGAGCCUGUACGCUCCCGAAAACUACCGCCGAACGGCGAUGCCCAAGGCUGCUAUCUGCCCGUCGAGGAGAACGCCCUGCCGCCCAUCUGUUUGGCGGGCAAGGAUGCCGGCAGCUGUGACGUUGAAUACAAGGAGGUGCGCAACGAUGGGGAUCUCCUGGAGCGGCUGCAACACGAAACGCUCAAAUUUAUCUUGGAGAACAACUUCUACGUUCUGGUCAAGGUCAUCAACAUGAGCUGCUGCAUGAACCGCUGGGUGCUGAACUUCACCACCUCCGGGCUGCACCACAAGGGCAGCGAUGAGCUGAUCAUUCUACUGGAGAUUAAGCCGCCCAAGCUGGGAGAACCGGCUGCAGGGGAGCCGGCUGUGCCGCGCGACGUGUUCCAGCACCUGUACGAGAUCUAUGUGGCGGAUCAUGCACGGACCAGCACCACCGAGCUGGCCUUUACCAGUCCCAGGAGCGCCCACUUUCUUGGAUCGCGCGAGCACGGGGGCUUCAUCUACAUCCGGCCGACGUACCAGUGCCUGCAGGGCGUGAUCGUACCGGAGAAUCCCUAUCUGGUGGGUGUGCUGAUCCAUCGACAUGAGGUACCCUGGGCCAGGGUGCUGCCGCUGCGCCUGAUCCUUCGCCUGGGCGCCCAGUACCGCUACUACCCCUGCCCGCUGAUCUCGGUGCGCGGGCGCGAGUCGGUGUAUGGGGAGAUCGCGCAGACGAUCAUCAAUUUCCUGGUGGACUUUCGCAACUACUCGUAUUCGCUGCCCGCCAUCCGGGGCCUGUACAUCCACAUGGAGGACCGCCAGAUGACGGUGAUUAUUCCACGCUACCGCCAGCAGGACGUUAUAAAGGCGAUCAACAACGCCAGCGACCACAUCCUGGCCUUUGCCGGCAACUUCUCAAAGGUGGCCGACGGGCAUCUGGUGUGCAUGCAGAACAUCAACGACGACCGAAACGAGAUGUACGCCUACUCCACGCAGGCCAUCAACAUCCAAGGGCAGCCCCGCAAGGUCACCGGCGCCAGCUUCUUUGUGCUGAACGAGGCUCUCAAGAGCACCAGCGGCUUGUCCGGCAAGUGCAGCAUCGUUGAGGAUGGCCUCAUGGUCCAGAUAAUGCCAGCCAAAAUGGAGGAAGUGCGUCAGGCGCUGCGAAACCAAACUGACAUCGACAUUGUGUGCGGUCCCGUCGAUGCCAGCGACGACCAGAGCGAGAUUGUCAGCAUCAAGUGGGUGGACAACAAUCGCGACAUCAAUGUGGGUGUAAAGUCGCCCAUUGAUGACAUGGCCAUGGAGGGCAUCUCCAACAUGCGGCUCCAUGCCAGCUUCAACUAUUCCAAUGCCAAUCACGUUAUCCGCUUGAGUGAUAUCUACAUUAUUAAGUGCGAUGAUUGGUAUUCCACAAAUGGUGGCAACUAUGUGGACAUCACUCGCAUUGCCGAGCAACUGGCCCGAAGCGCCUCGAUGGCCCUGCUCCCAUUCCUCGAUCUGCUUGCCGCCGCUGGCAUCAACAAGGUUGGCCUCCGGGCCACGCUGGAUCAGGAGAAUGUCUGCUAUGAGGCCGGUGCCCGUGGCUCGAAGCUCCCUCCGUUGUAUAUGAACGCCCUGGACAACCAUCUGAUAGCCACGCUUCAUGGCGAAUCGUCGGGCGUCCAGGAGCCCAUCAUCCUCGAGCUGGUGUUCUACAUACUAAACGCCUGAAUAUAAUCCCUCAUAGUGCAAUUCUUCUGUUGGAAUCGAAAGCGAUACGGAAACCGUCUUAAGUCUAUGUCUAAGUCCACGGGCUGAUCCGUUCUCUAGUUUUAUUGUCCGGGUGGCUCAGCUACAAUAAUAACUGUGUAUAUAUA